AUCGGGGAAAGCAGGAAAAGGGCUCCACCAUGCGAACGAAAAGCACGAUUAGGCGUCUAAAUAUGUAUCGGAACUUUAAAGCUAAGCGUGAUAAAAAGGGUCACAUAGUUCGUGCCGCGCCAUUCCAGUCUACCGUGGCGUCGGGGUCAGUUUCUCGUGUUGAACCAAAUCGUCGUUGGUUUGCAUUCAAAGAAGCGAUGAAGAUUAGGAACCCCUAUGAAAUCAUGCUACGCCAAACGCGACUUCCUAUCUCGUUAUUAGAUGAGAAGAAAAUGAGGAAGAAACCAGACAUUCUGGCCGCCGAAAGUUUUGCAUAUGUCUUCGGUAAAAAGGCUAGGCGCAAGCGGCCCCGUCUUAAUUGUGAUGAUCUUGAUGUGAGUCUUCUGCUCGUCAUUUGUUUUCAAAUGACUUGUUUGAAACACCCUCCUUUUCGUUUAAAGUCUCUGGUUCGCGAAGCAGAAGCGAAUCGUAAAAGCUACCUCAAGGAGAAAGAUGGUAGCCUCCAGCAUGACAACAAUGGAGUACGUGAUCUGGUCAGUGACCCUCAUUUCAAAGCGGGAAGCUCCAAACGCCUCUGGAACGAACUCUUCAAGGUUAUCGAUUCUUCUGACGUAGUUCUUUACGUGCUUGACGCUCGCGAUCCUAUGGGCACUCGAUCGAGAUACAUAGAGCAGUACAUGAAGAAGGAGAAACCCAAUAAACACCUUAUUUUUGUGAUUAACAAGGUAGAUCUCGUACCUGUUUGGAUUACGAAACGUUGGAAAACCAUACUCUCUGCAGAGUAU